AUUUCCCAGGGAGCGCCGCGGGAGCCUCUCAGCGAGGAGCAAGGCAAAAUGGCGGCGGUGGUGGUGCGGGGGUGCGGCGGGGUCUGGCGCCGGACGUGGCAGCGCGGCGCUAGGGGUCCCGGUCCCGCCCCCCGCGGGCAGCACGCUGUCGCCUGUAACGCGAGAGGCGGGGCAGUGCCGGCGGGGAAGAGCGGUCCUGCGCCAUGGGUGCCAGUUGUGGGUCUGGAAAUUCAUGCACAGAUCAGUUCCAACUCAAAACUUUUCUCUGGUUCCCAAGUCCAGUUUGCAGCACCUCCUAACUCUUUGGUAUCUUUCUUUGAUGCAUCUUUACCUGGAACUUUACCAGUUCUCAACAGGCGAUGCGUAGAAGCAGCAGUGAUGACGGGCCUAGCACUCAACUGCAGCAUAAACAAGAAGUCGUUGUUUGACAGAAAACACUAUUUCUAUGCAGAUCUACCUGCUGGCUAUCAAAUCACUCAGCAAAGAGUUCCUAUUGCGGUGAAUGGAAGUCUGUCGUACAGUCUCUGCAUAGACAACAAAAUGAACCAGAUGGUGACCAAAACUGUGAGGAUUAAACAAAUUCAGUUGGAGCAAGACAGUGGAAAGAGUCUCCAUGAUGACACAAGGAGCCAGACUCUCAUUGACUUGAACAGGGCUGGAGUUGGCCUCAUGGAGGUUGUCAUGGAGCCUGAUAUGUGCUGUGGGGAAGAAGCAGCUGCAGCAGUGAGAGAGCUUCAGCUCAUUCUUCAAACACUUGGGAGCAGCCAGGCAGUCAUGGCAGAGGGUCAGCUGAGAGUGGAUGCCAAUGUUUCUGUGCAUCACCCUGGAGAGCCAUAUGGAGUGAGGACUGAAGUGAAGAAUAUCAACAGCAUACGAUUCCUGGCAAAAGCAGUAGACUAUGAAAUACAGAGGCAAAUUGAAGAACUUGAAAAUGGAGGAACAAUUCUGAAUGAAACAAGAGCAUUUGAUUCCAAACUUGGGUGCACUGUACCAAUGAGAGACAAAGAAGGAAAACAGGAUUAUCGGUUCAUGCCAGAGCCAAACCUUCCUCCAUUGAUUCUGUAUGAUGCGAAAUCGUUGCCAGCUAAUAUGAACCAUCAGCAAGUGGUAAAUAUUGAUUGGAUUCAUGAGAGACUUCCUGACCUCCCCAGUGUGAAGAGAGCAAAGCUUGUUGAACAGUAUGGGAUUCUUCCUGAACACAGCUUCACCUUAUUGAGCUGGCUCGUCUUCCUGUGCAAUUAUGCCACACACUGCACAAGUCCAGUGCACGCUGGAAUUGGAUUCCUCCUUGAAAAGAAUGAAGAUGGAUUGGCAGAAUUCUUUGAAAAUGUGGUAAAACAGACCCAAAUGAAGCCAAAGAAGGUGAUCGGCUGGAUUAUAAAUGACCUGCUCAGUCAUUUGAAACAACAUUCCCUUACAGUAAAGGAAAGCCCUGUCAGUUCUUUUCUCCUGGCUGACCUUCUGAACCUUCUAGUAAAAAAAGACAUUUCUUCUACAGCAGCAAAACAGGUGCUUGCAGAAUUGUGGAAGGGAGAAGGGAAGACUCCUCUUGAAAUUGUUAAAAAAAAGAAACUUGGACUGAUACAGGAUCAAAAAGAGCUUGAACAGAUCUGCCAGGCGGUGAUUGAUAGACAAGAAAAUGAGGUUAUGGCGAUAAAAUCAGGAAAUCAAAAAGUUUUAAAUAAGUUAAUUGGCCUCGUGCAAAGAGAAACACAAGGACGAUCCAAUGCUGUCGUGGUGAGGCAAAUACUAGAAAAGAAGCUGUCAGAGUAGCCACAAAAGAAAACCGCUCAAGUGUCUACAGAAAACGUGCUUCGUUCUGUCUCGUUCACUGCAAGUGGACUUUGGUGGUUCCUCGCGCAUCCUCAGGACUGUUCGUUCUCCUUCCAGCAGUGUCGCAUCCCAGCUUUCCGCAGACGCAUCAGCCAAAGGCAGAGGAGCAAAGGCAAAGCAGGAGCUGGGACAGUCAUUUGCAUCUCCCUGACUUCACUGUGGCAUUUGGAAACGUGAUUUCCAUGCAGCCAUGGGAAACAAGUUCCCAGAGGUGCCAGUGCAUAUGCAGAGAGCUGAAGCUGUGUUGGUCAGUUUUGUAAUAAAGAGGAAACUCAGCUUUUCUACUUGGCCUUUUGCAAGAAGGGAAACUCACAGAUGUUGAAUGCAAAAUCUGGUGGUGGAUACUAAUAACUCACUGUAAGUUAGUGUGAGCACACUGGUAAUGAUUAAAAUGCCUCCCAGUAAUUAA